UCCUGGUCUCUGACGUCAUUUAUCCGCGACGCCGCUUCCAUCUGUUUGUGCACGCUGCGGUGGUCAGGUUUCUGUAAAGUUUGCUUUGAAGGGAUUUAUGAGCUAUGAGCUCCAAGCGAGCGCAGAAUGAGAGCGGAGACACAGACAUGAAGAAGAAGAAGAAGAAGAGGAGCAGCAGCAGCGUGGAGACCGUGGAGCUCUGUGGAGCUGUAGAGGAGGAGGAGGUAAAGAGAGCAGUGAAGGAGGCAUGGAGCAACAAGACCCACUACAGCAAAGGAGAUCUGGAGUUGGACUGCCACCCUUUCCCUCACUGCAUAAUCAAGAACUUCCUCAGCUGCCAAACCUUUGUUGAAAACCUACAGAGAGAGCUGCUUGAACUCAGCUUCAACGAGAAGUCAAAUGAUCUUUACAAAUUUAAACAGUCGGAUGAUCUGAAGAAGAGAAAAGAGCCCCAUAUUGCAGCAAUGAGGGCUGCACUGUUUGGCCGUUUCCGCUCCUGGCUCGGGGACGUGUUAGGGGUUGAGCUGGAGCCCACCGUGGAUAUUUCCUGUGCUAAAUAUGAAUAUACAGAUGUUCUUUUGUGCCAUGAUGAUGAGCUGGAGGGGAGGCGCGUUGCUUUCAUUUUGUAUCUUGUGCCUCCAUGGCAGAGCAGCGACGGGGGCACCCUGGAUCUUUACUCGACAGACAGUAAUUUCCAGCCAGAGAGUAUAGCUAAGUCACUCGUACCUUCUUGGAACACCCUCGUCCUGUUCGAAGUGUCUCCAGUAUCUUUUCACCAGGUUUCUGAAGUUUUAUCACAGGACAAGUGCCGUCUGUCUCUGAGUGGCUGGUUUCACGGACACUCUUUGGAGCGGCUUCCUCGUUUUAAAGAGCCGUCCAUCCUGAAGCAUCCGCACUUACCGAGAGAUGAGACUGUGCUGUUUGAGUGGAUCAAUCCUCUGUACUUGGAUAUUUCCUACCAAGAGCAGAUCCAAACCGAGUUUGAAGACAGCUCUGAAAUUCAGCUCAAAGAUUUUCUAAAGGAGGAGAAGUUCAGGGAGGUGAGUGAAGCUUUGCGACAGACUCACAUUCAGUGGAUGAAGACAGGUCCACCCAAUAAAAGGUGCUAUGAAUCAGCCUCUCUUGACUCUCUGCCUGAGUGUGUGAAUACAUGCUGGGAGCUGCUACGCUCAGAGGCUUUCUUCCUGCUUCUCUCCAAUUUUACCGGCCUACACUUGCACUACCUGUGUCCGAAAGAUGAGGAGGACGAAGAGACAGAGAAGGACAAUAAAGAGGAAGGAGAGGUUGCAGGAACGUCAGCAGAAUCAUCAUCGAGAGCAGAAGCUGACAAUGGAGGGAAAAAGAUCAGCACGCCUGUGUGUUGUGGAGAGGUGCGUCGCUGGUCUCAUGGCAGUUACACUCUGUUGCAUGAUGCUGAGGCUGCACAGGCAGAGUACGCUCUGGACCUAAUCCUGCCUUUUGGCUGCACAGACUGGCAGAAAGAGUUUGGGGGUUUCACGUAUUAUGUUGCCAAUGAAGAGGAUGAGGAGCUUCUGACUGUGCAUCCAGAGGACAACUCCCUCGCUCUCGUCUACAGGGACAAAGAAACCCUGAAAUUUGUCAAGCACGUCAACCACAAAAGCACCCAAGUGGACAGUUCCACCUGCAACAAGUUUUAUGACUUCUCUUUUGUCUACUAUGAAUAAAAAUAUGUUUAGCACUGUA